CUUACCUUCGUUCUCCCCAGCUGUGAACAGAUCCUCUUCCCAGUUUCUCUCUCCGUCUCUCUAAUGGAGGACGUGAAGGACAAAAUGAAGGGCCUAAUUAAGAAGGUCAACAAACCCUUCUCCUCUUCCUCCUCCGCUUUCAAAGGCCAAGGUCGCGUCCUAGGUUCUGCCCCCUCCUCCACUCCUUCCAAUUCCACCGCUUCCCGGUUACUCCCUCCUCCUCGACCUUCAGUUACCGCUACCAAGAGCCCGGCCGGCGUCGCUGCGUACGAGCCACUUGUCACCUCCAGCGAGAGGUCCGCUUCCGCUGCCGCCACUUUUGAAUGCCCUAUCUGCUCAUCCUCUUUCCCUUCGGAAGAAUCUGUUUCCGAUCACUUGGACUCUUGUGUCGGUCCUUCAGCCGAUGCCGGAUCGGGUACCGGUGUCGUCAACGGCGUCGGCGGCUUCUUGUCGGGGGAACCGGCUGAAGCAUCGGUUGAGAUCGUGGUUAAGCUGCUGAGAAAUUUGACUCGAGAACCGAGGAAUGAGAAGUUUCGGAAGAUCCGGAUGGGGAAUCCGAGGAUUAAGGAAGCGAUUGGGGAUGCGGUAGGAGGGUUAGAGUUGCUGGAGUGCGUGGGGUUUAGAAUCCAGGAGGAGGAUGGUGAGAAAUGGGCGACGAUGGGGGAGCCGACGCGGGAGAGGAUUGCGGUGAUCCAGGAGGCGGUUUCAUUGUUGGAGAGGUGGAAGGUAAAGGAUGCUGCGGCGGCUCAGAAUGGAACUAUGGAGAAAUUGGUUCCGGAGAAAGAGAGUGAGCAAAAGUCAAUUGACCGUAAGGUUCGGGUCUUCUUUUCUGUUCCAGAAAGUGUGGCAGCUAAAAUUGAUUUGCCUGAUUCUUUCUAUAAUUUAUCUAUUGAAGAGUUAAGAAGAGAAGCUGAUGCAAGGAAAAAAAAGAUUGCAGACUCUCAGUUAUUAAUUCCCAGGUCUUAUAAGGAGAAACAAGCUAUGGCUGCUAGGAAGAAGUAUAAGUUAACUGUCAUUCGGUUCCAAUUCCCUGAUGGAGUGGUGCUUCAAGGCAUAUUUUUGCCCUGGGAACGAACUACCGCGUUAUAUGAGUUUGUGAGCUCUGCUCUGAAAGAUCCCACCUUGGAAUUUGAGCUUCUGAGUCCAGCAAUGUCGAGGGUUCAUGCGAUCCCUCGGUUUCGAGGAGCUGAUGGAAGUACACCAACCCUAGAAGAAGAAAGCUUGGUUCCUUCAGCCCUAAUCAAAUUCAAACCCAUUGAGACAGAUUCAAUUGUUUUCACAGGCCUAGCCAAUGAAUUUCUUGAGCUCAUUGAACCACUUGCAGGUGCAGCUACUGUUCCAUAGCAUCUCAUGUUUAAAAGCUCCAGUUUAAGCAAUUAUUACUUAGCUGCUGCAAUUCUCACGACUUAAUAAUUUGUUGAUGUAUAAGUCUGUAUAAGGAAUUCAUUGAAAUAAUUCAUUUGUAAACGCAGAGCCGUUGCAUUUUUAAAUU